GAGAUGGAGGGGGAAGAGGGGUGGUGGAGGGAGAAGGAAAAGGACCUAAGGGAAGGGGAAGGCAGGAGAGGUGGGAAAGAAGUGCGCGAGGAGUAGAGAAGUGCGGAGACAGGGCUGUGCUCCCUGGCUCCCAGUGGACGCUACUCUGGCCUCUGGCGACCUAAACAGACAGGAGGAGCCUCCAAGAGGCUACCUGGGAGUGCUGUCCCAAGUGGAGGGCUCUUCCGGAAUGCAGCCGCUCCCGCCGCCGGUGCCAGGCCCCCUGGCUCUGCUGGACACUACCGAGGGCUUCGCGAGGAGGAAGAAGACCUCCCUGUGGUUUGUGGGCUCUCUGCUGCUGGUGUCUACCCUCAUCCUGACCAUUGGUCUCGCUGCAACCACCAGGACAGAAAAUGUGACUGUUGGCGGAUACUACCCAGGGAUCAUUCUGGGCUUCGGGUCCUUCUUAGGAAUCAUUGGCAUCUACCUGGUGGAGAAUAGACGACAGAUGUUGGUGGCGGCCAUUGUGUUUAUCAGCUUUGGUGUGGUGGCGGCAUUCUGCUGUGCCAUAGUGGAUGGCGUGUUUGCUGCACGGCACAUCGAACCAAGGCCUCUCAGUGCAGGAAGGUGCCAGUUUUACUCCAGCGGGGUCGGGUACCUGUACGAUGUCUACCAGACAGAGGUCACCUGCUACUCCUUGAAUGGAAGGUGCCAGCUGAAGGUGAGGAGCAAUACAUGCUAUUGCUGUGACCUCUACACCUGUGGGAGCACAGAACCCUCACCUACCUACUAUGAGUUUGUAGGUGUGCGCAGCUGCCAGGAUGUGGUUCACCUGUACCGGCUGCUCUGGGCGUCUACAGUAUUGAACAUCUUGGGCCUGUGCCUUGGCAUCAUCACAGCUGCAGUCCUGGGGGCCUUCAAGGACAUGGUCCCUCUGUCUCAGCUGGCCUAUGGUCCAUCCCCACCACCUCAUAUUCUCUACAACCCUGCUCAGCAGAUCCUAGCUUACACUGGCUUGUGCCCUCCAUCCAUGACCAUGCCAACAUGUUCCUCCUACCCUUUGCCUCUUCAGCCCUCCAGUGCCCUGCCAGCUUCGUCCUCUGCUGACCUCGCUCUGCCUGAAGACACACAGUCUCCUUCCCAGUGCAGCUCCAGCCAUGGGCAUCCUCCCAACACCCCCUCACUCUGCACACCAGCUUACUUUCUCCCAGGGGAGAAGCCUCCUCCUUAUGCGCCCUGACAUGGAGGCAGUAGACUGAAAAGUAACUUGGUUUGGGGUUGUCAAAAAUAAAAUAAAAACAGCAAAGCCAGGGGUGGAAGCAGAGCCAGCUGACGGUGGUCCCAUGGCACCUCUGCUGCCUGCCUCUCCCCCUGUGAAGACCAACAGCAAACUCUGCUAGGUCCCAGCCACAUCACCCAGAUGAGCUGCUCUGUGCCUGCCAUUGCUCAUGGCCCAGCUUCAUCCCCACCAUCCUCUUGGUCAGUUAUUAGUUGCUAUUAUCCUGCAAAAGGGACAGCCAGGCAUUUAUGUGAGGAUUAUUCCUUCAGGAAAUGCAUUACAGAUUGACAGACUUCUGUGCGCAUGCCCCCAAGAAGGGAUGGCCCCAUCCCCUGAGUUGUGCUCUCCUGACAUUUACUUGAAGGAAAACAAGCUUUGUGCAGGUACCCAAACUGCUUCUAGAGGCCUGAGAGCACUGCCUCCAUGCAAACUUUGCCUUGUGUUAUAUUUUCCACCAUGAAACAUAAACCGCCACCUACCUGCCAGAGGCCCUGCAUCUGAGCAUGUACCAGUGGUACCCUCCUGAUGUCAGAGUGCCCACCUGUGCCCCAGCAGCCUAGAACCUACCUGCCUGCUGAGGAAGCAACAGUGGGCCUCUAGCCUCUGCUCUGAGUGGAAUGGUGGCAAGGAUGGUCCUAGGGUCCUUCAGCUCAAGUCUAGGGACAAUGUGUCCAUAGUAGACUGAGGGCCUAUCAUGUGCCUGUGUCUGCCAGACAUGCUUGACAGUGAACACUCUCAGGAAUGGUCAGAUCCUAGGUGGAUAGGAAGGAGACCCUGAAGGAGCUCAGUGAGGGGUUGGAUAUGCCUCACCUCAGAAAUCUUGGGGUGCAGGGGAAGACCGACAUCUUUGGGAGGACAGGUCCCUAGAGGCUUUCCAGGCCUCUCCAACCUGGAGAGGCAUCACGGGAGCAGAGUGUGUGUGGGGGGUCAUCUGGCUAACCUCGGUCCUUCCUCUUCCCCCAAGUCGUUUUCCCUUCAACCUUCCCAGUCCCUAUGAACCCUCAUAGGAGUUUACAAAUCUCUCACUCCCUUCUCCCUGUGGUGCUCUGUACAUGUAAUAAACUUGUGCACUUCUCCCCUGUU